GGACAAACGCGGAUUCAGUCACGCAGGCUUUCGCCGAAGCCAACUGUCUUGCACAUUAGUUAGAAACUCGAGAGAUGUGCGGAAUCUUUGCAUAUUUGAACUACAGAGUCCCUCGCACUCGGAAGGCGGCCUUUGAAAUCUUAAUCAGAGGUUUACAGAGACUUGAGUACAGAGGAUAUGAUUCAGCGGGAAUAGCAGUUGAUGAAGAUAAUGAAAAAGAUCAUAAAAAUGGUGGCUAUAUUUGUCUCUUUCGAAGCAAAGGCAAAGUGAAGGCCCUGGCUGAUGAGAUUUAUAAACAAACAUUUCUGAACUUUGACAAAGUAUUUGAAGUCCAUUUUGGGAUUGCUCACACUCGCUGGGCAACACAUGGGAUUCCAAAUGAGGUGAACAGUCAUCCCCAACGCUCUGACACAAGCAAUGAAUUUGUGGUAGUUCAUAAUGGAAUUAUUACAAACUACAAAGACCUAAGAAAAUGUCUGGAGAGUAAAGGUUUUGAGUUUGAAUCUGAGACAGAUACUGAGGUGAUUCCUAAACUAACAAAGUACAUGUAUGACAACAGAGAAAGCGAAGAUGUUAGAUUUUCUACUUUGGUAGAAAGAGUUAUUCAACAGCUGGAAGGAGCAUUUGCAGUUGUCUUCAAGAGUCUUCAUUUUCCCUAUGAAGCUGUUGCUGCUAGGCGAGGAAGCCCAUUGCUGAUUGGUGUUUGUAGCAGGUGCAAGCUCUCCACUGACCAGAUUCCAAUACUGUAUCAAACAUACAAAAAUAUCAAUUACGGAUGUACAAGCAAGACACAUCAAACUGAGACAGAACAUUUCAAGUGCCUACAUCCGACUGGAGAGGAAAAAGCCAUUGAAUUUUACUUCGCAUCUGAUGCUAGUGCAAUCAUUGAGCAUACUAAGAAAGUUAUAUUUUUGGAAGAUGAUGACAUUGCUGCAGUGGCUAAUGGUUGCCUCUCCAUUCACCGAAUCGAAAGAUCAGUGGGUGAUAUAAAAUCAAGAGCCAUACACACGCUGCAAAUGGAAUUGCAUCAGAUAAUGAAAGGUAACUUCAGUACAUUUAUGCAGAAAGAGAUCUUUGAACAGCCAGAAUCUAUUGUUAAUACUUUGCGAGGAAGAGUAAACAUUGAAACAAGCACAGUUAUACUGGGUGGAUUGAAAGACCACCUCAAAGACAUAAAAAGGUGCAGGCGCUUGCUUUUGAUUGGCUGUGGAACUAGUUACCAUUCGGCAGUUGCAACACGUCAAGUAUUGGAAGAACUGACUGAACUGCCAGUGAUGGUUGAACUUGCCAGUGAUUUCUUGGACAGAAGUACUCCAGUUUUCAGAGAUGAUGUCUGCUUUUUUAUUAGCCAGUCAGGUGAAACUGCCGAUACUCUCAUGGCUCUACAGUACUGUAAGGGUCAUGGUGCUUUGACUAUUGGCAUCACCAACACAGUUGGAAGCUCUAUUUCCCGAGAAACCAAUUGUGGAAUCCAUCUUAAUGCUGGACCCGAAAUUGGCGUGGCAAGCACAAAGGCCUACACUAGCCAAUUUGUUUCUUUGAUUAUGUUUGGUCUCUUGAUGUCUCAAGAUCGAAUAUCUAUGAAGCAAAGAAGAAAGGAGAUCAUCAAUGGUCUUCAAACUCUGCCAAACCUGAUUAAAGAAGUGUUGGCGUUGGAUAACAACAUUCAAAUGCUUGCCCAAGAGUUGUUCCAACACAAAUCACUCUUAGUCAUGGGUCGUGGAUAUCAUUAUGCUACUUGCCUGGAAGGAGCUUUAAAAAUCAAAGAAAUAACAUACAUGCAUUCUGAGGGGAUUCUGGCUGGAGAGUUAAAGCAUGGUCCUUUGGCCUUAAUUGAUGAAAGGAUGCCUAUUAUAAUGAUUGCCAUGAGAGAUCCAUGCUAUAUCAAGUGUCAGAAUGCUGUUCAACAAAUAGUUGCACGUCAGGGCCGCCCAAUAAUACUCUGUGCAAAGAAUGAUGAGGAAAUGAGGAAAUUUGCAUACCAAACAAUAGAAAUCCCACAAUCAGUUGACUGUUUGCAGGGUAUCUUGAGUGUAAUUCCUCUUCAACUCCUUUCUUUCCAUUUGGCUGUUCUUCGAAGAUAUGAUGUUGACUGUCCUCGAAACCUGGCCAAAUCUGUCACCGUAGAAUGAAGACCAAAUUAUUGCAAGCAUUUGAAAAUUGAUGUUCUGUCCAAACUUUUGUGUUCCCCUCUAGUUUUUGUUUUCUUCUGAUGAAAUGUGAAAGCUAUAUAUAACAAAAUGAAGUCAUUUAUCUGGGACAUGUGUAGUGAUGCAGAUUGUGUACACAUGGCAGGCUUGAGUUCAAAUCAAUAUAAUGUUCUAUGUAGAAUUCAUACAUUUUUAUGUACCUUAUCCUUAAUAUUCUGUCAGUGGAGAAACUAAAUAUUUUCGCAGCUGGUUUGAGUUAAAACUUGAAAGGGGACUGAUGUUUACAUGAGCUGCAUAGAAUGAAUCUAUACAACAAUGCAAUAUUCAUAACUACAGAAAACGCUGUAGAAGUUUUUAUGGUCAUUUUUAUGUAUU